GGGAGAACGAGAGACUGUCUAUUGCCAUCCAAUCACAUAUCACUGUUAGCAUCUUUCCAACUUUGUCACAGCCAAUCAAUAAAGCCUAAUCCCAUCAUUGCCUCUGUUGACAGCCAGUCACUAUCAUCCAUUUUCAACUUUUUUAUACGUAUAUGCAUCAAUCACGUAUCAGUAUGUGUAUCUUUACCUCACAGUUCAGCCAAUCAAUAAAGUCAAUUUCCGAAAUCGUCGUCUCCUUGCCUUUGCUGACAACCAAUCACUGCAUCGUUUCCAUCUACCUGGCGGAGCAUCGCCAGCGGUUUCCAGCAGUUUAGAAAGAAAGUUGUCCCGGAUUUACUUUGAAUUUCACGUUUCCAACUAGAGGUAAGAAGCCAAUAAUGGUGUUAUAUUUAGUUUUUUUGUGUGUUAUAUUUAGUUAAUUGGCUAAUUAGCUAACGUUUUACGUGUAAGUUACACAGAUAAACGUCUUAUUUAUGUAACUUAGAGAUCAAGUAGCGGCCAGUUUCAUUACUUUUACAGUUUUACAUGUUUAUAUCGAUAUAAUUACUAUCGUGCAUAAUUCACGUUAUUACGUUGAUAUGCGUACAUUAAGUUGGCUAAAAAUAGCUGACGUUUUAUAACGUAAUAUGAGGCUUGUUUACUGGGCUAAUCGAUAGUAAACAUUAUGUAAGUUAGGCUAAUUGUUCCUUAUGAAAAUGAACCUAACGUUAGGUUUUAUUGUGGUAAAAGUGUAGUAACCAUGUUUACUUUUGUGUGUAUUGAUUACUAUCAGCAAAACCAUGGUUUUGGAAAACCAUAAUUGUGAAAACCAUGGUUAUUUGUGGUUACCAUGGUUUUACUACAGUAACCAUGGCUUCUUGGUUUUAGCUGUAGUAAAAGCAUGGUUAAUUUUCGUAAGGGGUGUGAAAAUAACCAUGGUUUUAUUGUGGUGAAAGUGUAGUAAUCAUGUUUUUUUGGUGUAUUUAUUACAAUCAGCAAAACCAUGGUUUUAUUACACUAACCAUGGUUUAACUAUGGUUUUGGAAAACCACGAUUGUCAAAACCAUGGUUAUUUUGUGGUUACCAUGGUUUUAACUGUAGUUAAACCAUGGUUAAUUUUCAUAAGGUUAAGCCUAUGUAAUUGAAAUGGUAUGCAAUAAUCAGGAUUUUUUGAGUUAUGGCAUAUUUUACCCACACACCACCACAUUAUCCCUUCCUCCCAAAUAUCAAACUAUAACCUUGUAAUAAAACACUGAGAUUAAAUAUAUGCUAUUUGAAAAAAAAUGUAUGAAAUUGAUUAACUACUCAGUUCUAUUGAAUAGUCAUAAACUUUGUAUUUUGCCACACGCUAUCUUUUAUUGGAAGAUGGCUUCCAAGCACAAGAAGCACAGGGCUAUGAGUGAGGGUGAAUGGAUGGCCCGCCUGCGCAGAUUUGCCACACAGGGGGUCUGGCCUUCUGAGGCGGGAAACAGACCGGCACCACGGCAGAAGAAAUGGCAUGACCUGUAUCAAAAGAUUGAGAAGUGUCCACUGCAACACAGGGGGCAAAUGUCUCUGUUUGGGGGGACACAGACAUGUGACUGUGGUUUCCAUACAAAAAAGCCUUCCAGUUUGGCCCCUGUGUCAUCCACACCAUCCACGUCACCACCUGUAACACGAGGGCAGUCAGAAACAACAUCUGGAAAGGCACCUUUAAAGCCUACUUUAACUUUGGCAUCGCCUUCCAGUUUGGCCCCUGUGUCAUCCACACCAUCCACGUCACCACCUGUAACACCAGGGCAGUCAGAAACAACAUCUGGAAAGGCACCUUUAAAGCCUACUUUAACUUUGGCAUCGUUUACAAAGCCGCGGUUUGGUGGUGUCCAUGGUGCAGCUUUAAAGCCAAAUCUAGGUGUUGCAAGGACGCAUGCAACCAAGCCUGUUAGCACUUCUGCAUUGCCCAGCCCUGCACCUAGGACACCAUCUCCUGCUCGCAGUCCCAGGCUGUAUAUUCAGACCGUCUCCCCCCUGUCUCUUCCUCCUUCUUCUGUGUCUGAAGCAACCUCUUCUUCCUGUGGUCCAGGAGCUGCUUCCAGAGUUGAAGUAUCAGCCGCGGCCUCUUCUGGGACGUCCUCUGCUCCUCUCACCACUGUGAUCAGCUCCACCUGUGUUUCCUCUGCUGCUCCAUUUGUGGCUGGAUCCUCUGUCCAACCUGCCGAGGAUAGGGUGACCGCUCCAGGUUCAGAGUCUGGAUGGCUUCCCACAAAGUUGAUGAAAACCAUACCACUACAGGAUCAGAAGUGGAUUUCAGCAGCUUUGUGGAAGCAACAUCGGCUUCGUACCGACCUGAAGCUGUGGUAUGAUCCACCAGAGCCAGCUCUGAUCUAUCACCAAGGCCCCGCUCCAGAGCGUUUCUUUACACACAGGCUUCUACUCUGGAUGCCAUACCACCUCUGGAAGGUCAGGCUGUCCUGUCCUGUGUGUGGGAGACAGCUCACAGGCUAUGGGGCACACAAGAGAGCCCGCCAGGUUCUGGAUGUGGACCGCUUUUAUCUUAUGAUCACAGAGACUCUCUGGUGCAGUGGGUGCAAAGCGGCCUUUAUUUCCACCAGCAAGGCCAUCUUGGACCAGCUGGACUUAGCUCACAGAUUGGAAUUUAGGCUGAUCCUAACUCGAAAGUAUGCCUGUGACAUGCGGGUCAUAAGGUUCCUCAGGGAGAGGGCCCUGGGCAACAGCCCUUCUCGCUUAGUGAGGCAGCUGCGGGAGAACCACAGCGAAGAGUGGCUGAAGCGUCUUUGCCGAUACCUUGGUGCCUGCUCAGACUUCACCUCCCAGCCAAGCCUGCUCCCUGUGAGAUUUCAGGAGCCACCUGAGCCUGAAACUAUCCCCUCCCACAGGUGGAUGCUGGCUGUUUAUGGGCGAGAUAUCUUGUGCAGGAUUGACCACAUUAAAGCCAGCAUAACGUCCACAUAUGGAUGCAUCCUGAAGAUGGACUCCACCAAAAAGAUCACAAAGAAGCUGUCGGGGUUUGCAAAGGGGACAGCAUUGUGGCUAACAUCUGUCAGCAAUGAGGUGGGCCAAAUCCUCAUUAGUGUUCUGACAGCUCAGGAGGGUCCAGCCCUGGACCGAAUGGCAGCUGACCUCAUCCGGAGGUACACUGAUGCAGGUGUGGCUCCGCCUCAGCUCCUUUAUGUGGACUGCGAUUGCUGUCGGGAGGGCACUGGGCAGACCAAGCUCAAGCAGCGAUUUGGUGGGUGGCCAGACUUGGUGGUGAAGCUGGACAUCUACCACUUCAUGCGGCGACUGGCAGCUGGGUGCACUAAGGAUGCACAUCCUCUUUACCCCAUUUUAAUGGCACGCAUGUCUUCCUGUAUUUUUGAAUGGGACAGUGGGGAUGUGUCUCUGCUGAGGCAGGCCAAGAGGGAGCAGCUGAGACAUGAAGGUAUCCCUAACAUCACCGACAAUAUGGUGGAUCAACGGAUCACCAAGGAGGAAUUGGCCCUGCACUGCCGAAGGCGGACAAGAGGAGAGAAGCAGACCAUCUUGAUGAUUGAGCACCUCCUCAGUGAGCUGAUGGGGGUAAAGGGUCGAGACCUUCUUGGUGUCCCUCUUUUGGACCAGCAGAGGAUGCAGAACAUCUGGCAACUCCAGAAGAAGCACGUAAAGUGCAUUCAGGACGAACCAGGUGUGCUGCUCUACACACAGACCGGCACCACCACCAAAAAUGGUAUUGUGCUGCCAAAUUACAGAUGUGCAAGGGGCUCCACAUCACUGGAGUCCUUUCAUCUCCAUCUGAACAGGUUCAUUCCAGGAACAAGUGCCAACAGCUUGAAUUUCCAGCUGUACCUCCUGGAAGGCCUAAACAGAUGGAAUCAAGACCGUAAAAUGGCAUCUCUGGCAGGCAAACCUCCAUCCAUGUUAAGCUACUCCGGGGACCUGAUGCACUGUGUCAACACCCAAAGUGUUAAGGUACUUGGAAGAGAGCUUGCACCAUCUUUUCAGCCACCAUCUGUCUAUACUGGUGAACUCAUAGGUAUAGAUUACCUGUACCGUCAAACAGGGCAGGCCUUACAGGAUUUGGAUCCUGACUCUGAGGUGACAGAUCAGAUGUUGGAGGAUGUGGGCACAGAGGAGGAGUUGGAGGAUGAGGGCUUCGGAGAUAUCAGUUUGGACCUCAACCUGGAUCCCACUAUUGAGGCGCUGGACCUGUCCUCUGGCUCAUCACCCGCCACGACCAGCGUUGCCAGCACUCCUGCCUCUGCCCAGACUGGGUCUGCUAACACCACUACAGCAGCACCUAAUCAACAACUGUUUUACGCCGCCUCUGGUCCAUCCUCCACGACCACCUACACCACCUCUGCUCCAUCCGCCACAACCACCUACGCCUCCGUCCUUCCUCUCCCGACCACCCUCACUGUCUCCGUAGCCACUGCUCCCCCAGCAGUGCAACCAGUCCCUGAGAAACCACUGGCUGUGGAUGAACGCAGUGUACCAGGGAUAGAUAGAGUGGACAACCUUGCAAGCUACUUGGUGGGGCUUAGGAUGGAAUCUGGUCAAACUCUGAGCCACCAGCAGGCCAGUACCAUCAUUGCCCUAUGGCAAAGCCUGCUUCCAUAUGACCAGCAGAGAGUGGCAUAUGCUGCCCGGCACCAGGUGAAUCUUACAACAGGACGCUUCAGGUGCUCAAAAACCAAGCCUGAAUUCACACCUGGUGUGGAUAGCAUGACCCGUUGCGUCCUUGGGUCAACAGGAUCCCCUGCCCAGUGGCCAGACUGUUGCCGCCUGGUAGAGUCUAUCUUUGUUAAACUCUGUGAUAUUCACAGGAGCCCCAAAAAAAUAGGAAAUCAUGCUGUAACAAGAUGGACUCUAAUUCUGAGGGACUACAGCAAGAUCCGGCAGCUGGUCCUGGGCAAUGGGACUGUGAUGGAGAAUACCACUCUGCAAUUGUUUCAGGUGAAUCAAACAACUUUAAAUCAAUGGCACAAGAAGCGGCUAAAGAGGCAAGAAUGUGCCAUCCUGCUUCAGGGUGUGAACUUGCCAGCCCCCAUUCCUAUUGCUGCUAGGCCUCUCCCGCCUGGACAGACUCGCCCCACUACAGCCCCCCCACAGCUUGGUCCCCAACACCGCUACCACCUGCCAGCAAGCACAGUGGGAAAGGCAGUGGACAAGCGAAAGUCUGCAGUUCCAGCCCCGCACCCCCCUCCUCCAAAGGUUUUCCGACCAAGGCAGUUGUUCCCUGCUGAUUCUGCUCCAUUACCUGUUGUUCCCAACCCCAGUCCUGCAUUUGCCCCGUUUGUGUUUUUAUGUCCAGUUCCUGUCAUCCGGCAGAUUGCUCCAGCUGGCCCCAUUCCCUCCCCACCACCUGCUCGGAGGCCCUACGUCCGCACUGUGGACAAAAACAAGUGCAGUCUGUGCCACCAGCCCCGGAACAAAGAUACUGGCCACAGCCAGUAUUAUGGCCACAUUUACUGUCCCCUGACUGCUGUUAUGCCACUUGACCAAUGGAGGGAGGAGAUGAAGAAGAAGAGGGCAGAUAAAAAAUAAUAAUUUGUUCAUUUAAAAUGCUAUGUGUGUGUGCUUGCUUGCGUACACCUCUGUUAGGGUCAUUUGUUCACCCUCUGAAAAGCUAAUUUGUUCAUUUGCUUUUCACAUUUGAUCAUUUAACCCAUAUAAAUAAGCUUAAAGCUUUUUUGAUAAAGUUGUGUUUAUGUGAGAGAGAAGGUGUUUGUUAUAAAAAUAAAAAGAACUUUAUUUCUACAACAGUAUCC